AUGCCGCCGGCCUUCGAGUUUCGCGGAAAUGACCGACGGUCUUCACAUCACCCCAGACAUGAGUUCACUUUCCGGUAUUCGCGACCUGGAACGGCCGAACGACCGCUCUUGAGAUCCAGGCGAGAGGCCACCCCAGAACAGCUGCUUCCCGCCGGAGCGGCGGAUUCGAAACCGGCGUUGAAGUUCGCGCCGAUCGCAAACCUUAGCGACAGUGAGGAGGCUGAUAUGGACGUGUCUUCGGAGGAUGAGGAUGAAGCGGCCCACCCACGCAAAAAGCGCGCGAUAGACACCAACAACAGCGGCACCGCGACGGCUGCUCCAGCACCGGCCCCGGCCCCCAGAUGGUCCAACCCCGAUCCCUACACUGUUCUACCACCUCCGGAUGAGACCCAGGCGAAGAGGGUGGAUGUGGUCAAAUUGAUUCGCAAGGCCCGAAUCGCUGCAACGGCGGCACAGCCCACGCAAGAGGAUCCGGUGAAGACCAAUGAGGAUUUUAUCUCGCUCAGUGGCCUCGGUGAUGAAGACGAAGCGGGUCGAAACGCGCCUGAAGGCGCACCCACCGGACCGAGACGCCAGCUGGAAGGCAAGGACUCGGCGUUCGGGAACCGCAAGAGAACCUACGAUGACGAGAUCAAGGGUGUUUCCAAGAAGACCGGCAAGCCGUUGAGUAAAUACUAUGACGAUGGUUCGAUUAUUGAUGAGUGGAGGGCACGUUCAUCGGAGGAUGCCACGCCAUGGUCAAGCAACAUGGCCCCCAGCCUACAUCUGGGCACAAGGUUGCACAACGAAAUCUUGAGUUUCUACCAUUGGGUCAAGCCAGUCCGCUACGAACAGAUCGUGCGAGAGGACUUGGUGGCGAGGCUACAGUCUGCAUUCCAGAGCAGGUACUAUGGGGUGCAGCUCCGUCCUUUUGGCUCUUUUGCGUCCGGUCUGUAUUUACCAACGGCUGACAUCGACCUGGUCCUACUCUCUACGAACUUUAUGCGCCACGGUAUCAAGACAUUCGGCGAACGGAAAGGCCAGAUCUAUGCGUUCGCUGCAUUCCUCAAGAACCUGAACAUAGCGGUGCCCAAUUCGAUCGAGACCAUCGCGCAUGCGCGUGUGCCGAUUUUGAAAUUUGUGGAUAAAUUGACUGGCCUGCGGGUGGACUUGUCGUUUGACAAUGAUAGCGGACUUGUGGCCAACGAAACCUUCCAGCAAUGGAAGUCCGAGUAUCCCGCCAUGCCCGUGAUCGUGUCGGUCAUCAAGCAGUUUCUGCUCCUUCGGGGUCUCAAUGAAGUACCAACCGGCGGGCUGGGAGGAUUCUCCAUCACUUGUCUCGUGACGAGUCUCCUGCAACACCUGCCGCAUGGCCAUAUGACGCAGAACCUGGGCAGCAUUCUCAUGGAUUUCUUUGAGUUUUAUGGCAAUGGGUUUGACUAUGACACCGUGGGGAUUCGGUUGGCUCCGCCGGGCUAUUUCAACAAGAAAAUCUACAAGCCUUCUUACAACAACAGCCCCCGCCUCUCCAUUGAGGAUCCCAACAAUGCCGACAACGAUAUUUCGGGCGGAACGCGAGAGAUUGCAUUGAUCUUCAGGGCCUUCUCGGACGCUUAUCGGCGUCUCAAGGAGCGCAUGAUUUCUACGGCCAUGUCCGGAAAGACACAAGCCAGCAUCCUGGAUGCCAUUAUCGCUGCGAACUAUGAGGAGUAUGCCGAGCAGCGGUGGCAGCUCCGCCAGGUCUUCGACAACGAUACCAGAUUCGCUCGCUACCGUCGGGCUUCCACGCCCCCACCGCCUCCCCAGUCCUCUCCUCCGGCCGAGUCUGCUCCUCCGCCGCCUCCUUUGCCUUCUGGUCCUCCUGCUGCACCCAAGUCGCAAAAGGAUAAGAUGACGAAGCUGCAGAAGAAACAGCAGGCGGCGCGGGAACGUGCGGCUCGUCUCAAGCGAUUGCGUCCCGACCUAUCGUCCGUCCCUUACUCCAUCAGUAACGAGCAGGCGAUGAGCCUUGGAGGCUACAAGUCGCAGUCAGAUAUGGACCGAGACCUCAUGCUGCGAGAGAAAGGAACGAUCCCACCCAGUCAGAGCUAA